AUGGAACGUCUUCUCCACAAGAGAACGGUCAGCAUCCACCGGAAAGCACUUCAGGCGGAGCGGCGGCAAGCGCACGACGAAGACAAGAGAAAUCUACUCCGCUAUCGUCGAGAACGCAAAGACCUUAAGGAAAGUUCCGCAAACGGCGAAAGUAAUGCGGGAAAUAUUGAAAAGGUGGAAGUACCAGCACCCAAGGAUGCCGCACCAGAGCUCAAUCCGUUGGAAUGGUCAGACUUUAAAAGACUUCGGGAGGUCUCCGAAGCCGAAUCUUUUGCUAUUGAUAUCUUGCUCGGAGAACCUAAGAUCGAUUUCGGUCUUCCUAGUUACUCGAAAGCUGGACUUCGAGAGACUUUGCGUGGAAAACAAUUGAAUGAAAAGCAACACGAAAAGAAGGCCACCGGCAAACAAACAGCAAUGCUAACCGGACAAGCGCCUCUUCCCGAACGUAUACGAAUACAUUCAAGGCAGCUACUUCGAAUACUUGAAAAAAUCCACGGAUCGGAAAUUAGCACGAGGCAGCCGCUGGUGAUUCUCCGACCGUUUAAAGUCUUGGUGUACUACGACCAACAACUUCGAGAGAGAUACGAAAGACUGUCGGCCAAAUUUCCCUCAUUACAUAGUCCCGACUGCAUCAACGACAGACCCAGCAGCAGUACGACCACAGAAGACACUAUCACUCAAUCGAGGAAAGACUAUGGCACCCCUUCUGAACUCAAACAGCAUGAAAGUGAAAAGAAGAAGCAGGAAGAGAAAACCGUUCAGACUACGGGCGAUGACGAUAGGGAUCAACCUGAAGCGGACGAGACAGACGACGAUUCAACCUCGUCAACAGCAUUGGAGCAUUUGGGUUGCUUACUGAAAUUCAUGAAUUCCGAUAUAUCCAACAAACUGGCAUACCUAUCUGGAACAGAGUGUCAGAAAAUCUUCUUCUCCGAUGUUUGGCAUCUCUUCAAGCCUGGAGAUGAAGUCAUUGGAAGCGAUGGAAGGCAAGCAUACAGAGUGAUUAGCGUCACCAGCGCUAAGCACAAAGUCUUCCCUCCAGGCAACUAUUGGAUGAGGCCAAGAAAGUCCUCCAAAUCUGACGAAGAAACGCCCAUUACAAUCGACUGCGUAUACGUUGAUUUCGAUGGUAAGAAGUUCGGUCCUGUUCGUAAGACUUUCCAAAUCAAAAGAUUUGACGGCGAAAAAGCCGUCACGUUUCUGGAAGUAUAUCCGCUUCGAUUCCACGCCACUAAGAGAGGGGAGAUGACAAGAAACAACGACCAGGGCCUGAAACUUCGUGAGGAACUUAUUUACCGAGGACAGAAGUUCCUAGAAGUAGCUGCAGUGAAGCACAUGUACUACUCUGGGCCUGCUCUUCAGACAAGAGACGAAAUCGAAAGUCAGGUCGUAAUUGAUUUUGAAACAGCGUUCUCAGCAGAAGAGAACCGGGAAAAGGAGUGGAAACCGAAUAUUGUGGAGAUGUUUGCUACGGAACCGAAAGAGACCGAUGAAGACGAGUCGUGCCAAGCAGAAUGUUGCAGGUAUGAAGAGGUCCAUGACGAUGCCUAUGUGGAAAAGAAACGCAACGAGGAGUAUUUGGCAAGCUUGGUUCCCGAAAGCCGCGAGAAACUACCCUCUGUGGCAGUUUACCCUCGAUCUCUACAUGCUACAAACACACCAGACAACCAACUGACGGAAGAAGACUUCGUUAUCAUGUCUUACCGGGUUUUUGGAUUUAUCUUGCGGAGUCGCAAAUGGGAGCAGUUAGACCUCACCCACCUUAGCGAAAUUAACAGUCGCAGUGACGUGAAAGGGCAGACAGGUCAACCUCCAACUGCCUUUGAUAAUCUGGUUCUCCCAGAGGGGCACAAGAACAUGGUGGAGUCUCUAAUCUUACAGCAUUUCCGAGACAAGGAAUCGUUGAGAGGCCAGAGUUAUCGCUCCGACAUUGUGCGCGGAAAAGGAAAGGGCCUGAUUUUACUUCUACAUGGAGCUCCUGGUGUAGGAAAAACAACUACGGCUGAGGGUGUUGCGGAGAAGUUCCAAAAGCCGCUGUUCCAGAUCACAUGCGGGGACCUUGGUUCAACUGCAGCAGAGGUCGAAAAAGCCUUGGAAACCAACUUCUCACUUGCAAACAGAUGGGGUUGUAUUCUGCUCCUUGAUGAGGCUGACGUGUUUCUUUCGGCAAGAUCCCCGACGGAUUUUACGAGAAACGGGCUUGUUGCAGUAUUCCUCCGUGUUCUGGAAUAUUAUGCUGGCAUUCUAUUCCUAACCACAAAUCGGAUCGGUGACUUUGAUGAAGCAUUCGCAUCACGUAUUCAUAUCAGUCUUUACUACCCACCACUCGAUCUCAGCUCGACCAAGGAGGUAUUUAAACUCAACUUGAAAAUGAUCAGAGAGCGCCUUGGACAGAAGGGACGAAAACUGGAUCUGGACGACAAAAGCAUACUGAAUUUCGCUGACGAAUGGUGGAACCAACAAGUGGACGCAAGAUGGAAUGGGCGGCAAAUCAGAAAUGCUUGCCAAACUGCACUGGCACUGGCGGAGUUCGAGGCAAAAAGCGACGAAUCCGCUGAAAUCAGACUUUCGAAAGACCAUUUGAGGACUGUUGCUUAUUCCUAUCUCGAGUUCAUGAGUUAUCUGAAAGAUCUCUAUGGUACCGGAGCCGACCAACGCGCCAAAGAAUCCGGACUUCGGGCAAGUGUUACUCCAAAACAGCUCAAGGACUUUUCCACCCGGAUGGACCCUUCGAAAACAUACAGUCAGACACCAAGAAUGCCUCGAGGCGACCCUUAUAGGGUCCAGAACUACCCUACGUAUCCUGCACAGCCACCUGAGCAUACGUACGGGCCCCCCUUAGGUACCUGGGACUAUCAAAGCGACCACCCCCCUCAAUACCCUCCAGUCGUGGUACCUCUCCGACAGGCGUCACAGGCCCGACCCAUGGAUGCGCGUCCGUUGACUCCCGACAGACGGGAUUUAAGGCAAAAUGCGCCACAGUAUCCCCCUCCAAACCAUCCUGAUCCUUACCAAAACCCGUAUGUCAGCAACUACAACGGACAGCCGCAAAUGAGCGGAGAUUAA